AUGAGUGAUAGAAGAAGAUUAACUGGACCUGCAAACCUUAUAAAACCAAAUAUACCCGAAAUAGUAAGUAAUAUAGAUAAUAAAAAUCAAGAAAAUACAAAUUCUACUUCCUCAAUUCCAUCAUUUUUCAUUAAACAUGCAAUUAUAAAUAAUGCCAAUGGUUCAGCAUAUCUUGAAAUUAAUAAUACUAUAAUUGAAGUAUCUAUAUUUGGACCAAGACCAAUAAGAGGAUCAUUUAUUGAACGAGGUAGUUUAUCAGUUGAAUGUAAAUUUUUGAAUCAUAUAAUACAACCAAUGCAAGAUUCCGAGCCUUCAAAAACUGGUAUGUCAAAUAUUGAACAUCGUUUAAGUUCAUAUUUAGAAAGUUGUAUAUUACCAUGUAUAUUAUUAGAAAAAUAUCCAAAAUCAACUAUAGAUAUUCAAGUAUCUAUAAUUUCAAUUGAUAAAUCAAUGGUUAAUAGUAAAUCAAAUUCAAGUUUAUUAUGGUUAAUGAAUUGGAUUGUAAUAUGUACAAGUAUUGCUUUAAUUGAUUCAAAAAUUGAAAUUAAAGAUGUUAUAAGUAGUGGACAGAUAAAACUAACUAGAAAUGGAAAAAUCAAAAUUGGAAUUGAAGACGAUGAAGUAGAAGAAUGUAUUGACGCUUUAAUUAGUUUUAUGAAUUUGAGAAAUGAUGAAAUUGUGGGUAUUUGGUUAGAAGGAAAUCAAUCAAAUUUAACAGAAUCAGAAAUGAGUUUAAUAAUAGAUGAAUGUAAUAAAAUGUCAAAAAUAAUAAGAGCAAAUAUGAAUAGUUAUUUAAUAAAUAAUAUAUAA